UAUUGUACGAAUUGUAAAAUCCCAAAAACCUAUUUGUCAAGCAGAAAAAACCCCACCUUGCUGGGGAGGGUAGAAAUUUCCAUCCUAACGAAUAGGGCUAUGAAAUCAGAAUCAGAAUGGGCCAACUGUUUAGUUGGGCAGAUUCGAAAUCCUAUUCCUACCGAUUCCUGUCUUAACCAAAAGGGAUCAAUAGACCAAUUCCGAUCGCAAGGGAUUGCGAUUUCGAUAUUGAUGCUGAACCAGCUUAGCUGAAUCGGCAGCUCAUCCUCCCAAACGAGCCUAGUUCAUACAAGGGUCCUAUAACCACAAGUCCAAGCUCGUCAUUAGCUGUUAGGAAAUGGUACGAGUCCUCAUAACUGUGGACCUGAAUAUAAUGGUGGGUAUUGGGUCGGACUGAAAUCUAGAAUGCUCAUCGUGUUCUUUUAGCAAGUGUUCCUGCGAUUUUGUUCAACUCUGAACAGGUACGAACUUGCCUUUCCGUUUUAAUCUGAAAGCGCGCUUUGUUUUUGUGUCUUCACUCCAUUCCCGUUACUCAAAAUGUCUCAGAUUUUCUAUAAAAGAUUGCUUUAUGUGCAUCUUGUACAAAACCCAUCUCUCAAAUCCUUCUCAACGACAGUAGCGACGGUCUGCAGAGGUCAGCCAUUGUCAUUCACAGUUCAAUACCUUAUAAACUCAUGUGGGUUAUCCUUAGAAACUGCUCUCUCAACUUCUAAACAGUUCCAAUUAGAUGAAUCAAAGCCGGAUAGAUACGAUUCUGUUCUUACCCUCCUCAAAACCCAUGGCUUCUCCAAAACCCACAUUGCAGAACUCAUAAAGAAGCACCCUUCGGUUCUCCUAAUCAAUGCAGACAAAAUCCUCAAGCCGAAGAUGGAGUUCCUCCUCGGUUUCGGGUUCUCAGAUUCAGCUGUCUCUGAUCUGGUAAUCUCAAAUCCAUCCAUCUUCGACAGAAGCUUGAAAAGUCGACUAAAACCAUCUUUGGAUAUCCUCAUGAAACAUGUCCAGAGUAAAGAGGAAGUUUUGAAGGCAAUUAAGCGCUCUUCAUGGCUUAUAACGUUCAAUCUGAGCCAAACUCUGCAACCUAAUGUUGAACUUCUAAUCAAAGAAGGGGUCCCCAUCUCCGGUAUCUCCAAACUGAUCGUGCAUCAACCGAGGGUUCUCUUACAGAAGACCGACCGCCUGGUCAGCACCAUUGAGACUGUCAAGAAGUUGGAUAUCCGACCGACCAUUACCACAUUUGUGUAUGCUAUUCAUGUGUUGUCUUCUAUGAGUGAAUUGACAUGGAAUAGGAAGAUUGAGCUGUUUAAGGGUUUUGGGUGGUCUGAAGAAGAGGUUAUGUUGGUUUUUAGGCGAGAUCCCUAUUGUUUGGCAUGUUCAGAGGGGAAGGUCAAGAAAGUUAUGGAGUUCUUGAUGGGCACCAUGAAGUUGCAUCCAUCAGUGAUGAUCUCAAAUCCCAAAGUUCUUAAGCAUGGCUUGGAAACAAGGAUUCGACCAAGGUAUAUGGUUUUAAAGGUUCUGGAGUUAGAGAAGCUGAUUGAAGGGAUUGAUGGAAACAAAAAGUUCAGUCGGGUUUUUGGACUUGCAGAAGAGACCUUCCUUGUGGAUUAUGUGCUUAAGUAUUUGGGCAAGGUCCCAAAUUUAAUGGAUCUGUAUUGUGCUUCUGUUGCAGCCAAUAGUGUUGAUACUAAUGGUCCCAAAAGAAUUGUUUCUCACAAAGUAUCUUACUAAGAAAGAGAAGACUCUGCAAGGCAUAUUUCCAUUUUGUGGUGAUGUGAUGAUGUCGUUGACAUGGAAGAAAAGAAAUGAAUAGAUUUUUGAGAUAAUAGAACACUGGCCCAAAAGGUCCAAGGAAAGCUGCAGGCAGAGCUUGAUUGUGGUUGGAUGACUCUAAGAAUUCAGGGCAGGGAAGUCCCCUGCUCUGUAUUUCCUAAUUUCUACACCUUGUAUAAGCUACUUCUUUGCGCUACUCUUAAAUGCCCUCUGUAUGGACUCUAGCACAUGGGCUAGCAUGUAUGCUGAUGAGUACAUGAUAUUUAACCUCUCCAAAGAAGAAAAAGACAAAGCAAAGGUAGGCUAACUGAAUACAUAUAUAGCUAAUAUUGAGGGUCACAGUUGUUGAUCCAGAAACAAAAGG